ACGGAGCUCCUCAUCGUCAUGACAGGAGAGACCGAGUGAGGAAACUUAAAGCAAAAUCCUGCUCGCUGCAUCGGAGGGACCAAAGAGGACGAGCCGGAGGUGAAGUCAGCCCCACAUUCAGGAUCAUUAAAUCAGCAAAGACGCCCGCAGGAGCAGAAAUGGGAUGAAAGGAGGUGAGAGGAAGUGAACUGAUGUCUGACUUUUCUCUGGAAUAAACUGGACAGCAAAGGCAGAUGUUCUAACAUCACAGCGUACCUGCAGCUCUGCAGCACCUGGAUGACUUUAACAAAAAAUGGCCGCCUUGUUGGCAGGUGGAUGCAGAUGUGAUCACCUCAUUCAACAUUAACCGAGUUAGACCAAACAAACAGCCACUGUGGGGCGGAAGCACACAGCACACAGAGCGAGCUCCACAGUGACAUUUUGUGCCCUGAAGCUGAAACACAGCAAAUGAAAUGAGGGUUUGUGUGUGAGAGGCAGCGAUGAGAGGCUCAGAGUGAAGCAUUCACACAUUCUCACUUCCAUAUGUAAAGGCCCAUGCAGGAUGAACGUGAAAAACAAGCUUCCACCAGCUGCUGUGUGCGUCUAUCAGCUGUCUAUCUGUGUGUAGAGCUCAUCAUGCCAAAAUGAGAUGAUCACAGCGCAUGAAGGAUGUGAACAGAAACAAAGGCUCUUUCAAAGUAAGAGACACACACGCUGGUGGCAUCAUGCUGCAUGUUGGUGGUCACACGGGUUCCCUGAGGGGCGUGGAGGCUCCGGUGGCCCCGGUGCCGUGGUGGGCUGCUGUGCUGCUGUUGGGGUGCCUCCAGUUGCACCAGCCGAGCACCGUCCACGCCACCGCUGGCUCGUCUAGGGCUCCUCCCGGGCGGGCGGGUGCAUCUGUACCUCGGACCAUCCUCAGCUGCACCGCCCUGGGUCUGAAAGCGAGUUCCGGAGAAAUGCCGGUCUCUGCCGUCACUCUUGACCUCAGCCACAACCGGAUCAUGCAGCUGGAGGAGGGAGCCUUCGAAGGACUUCCACUGGAGACUUUACGUUUAGCCCACAACCAGCUGACCGCCCCUAUCCCCCUGGGGGCAUUUAGAAACCUCCCGGGACUCUGCUCCGACCACCUGGACCUGUCGUCCAAUCACCUUCAUGUUUUGGAGCAGCAUUAUUUUCAGGAGCUGUCAGGACUGGAGGAGCUCCUGCUGUUUAAUAAUCGGAUAGUGCGGGUGGAGAGCAGAGCUCUGUCUGGACUGAGAAACCUCCGCAGGGCUUACCUUAGCCAUAACCGCCUCACUGACUUCCCCUUUUUCUCCAUCCAGAAACACAGCCACCCUCACCUGUCAAUGCUGGACUUGUCCUCAAACCGCCUGCCUAAACUGCCCCUGGAGGACAUAUCAAACCUACCCAUCUCCAUCCAGGAGGGACUCUACCUGCACAACAACUCGCUGGUGUGCGAGUGCUCCAUGUACAGGCUGUUCAGGUACUGGAAACAGCGAGGCUUUGAGUCAGUGACGUUCUUCUUACAGGAGCACAUCUGUCUGGUUUAUGGGAACCAGAGAGGCACCGUGCGCUUCCUCCAACACAGCCGCUACUUUGAUAAGUGCAACAUGACCGCCAUGAAUGAGCCACUGAGGCAGCAGGAGAGCAGCGUUUCCGUGAAGGCAGGGAAAUCUCUGCUGCUGCACUGUGCCACUUCCCUCUUUGGUCGCAGCAUCAACUUCCUCUGGGUGUCUCCAAACCUGGAGUCCGUGAUGCCACCAGGGAAUAACGGCUCAUUAAAGAUGUUCAACGGCAGCUUGGAGAUCGUGGCAGCACGCGAGCAGGAUUCAGGAAUCUACUGGUGUCUGGCUGUAGACCAGCAGCGGCAGCGGAACGAAACGUGGGAGGUCAACGUUACGGUGGUGCUGGACUCUGAUAAGCCCAGGAGCCGCUUCAACACGGGCUUCACCACCCUCCUGGGCUGUGUGGUGAGCCUGGUGCUGGUGCUUAUGUACCUCUAUCUGACGCCCCUGCCGUGUCCUCCCUGUCCAAAGGCCCCGCCCCCGGCCACGGCCACCCCGAGCGUGGGAAACGAGGCCGGGGCGGGCAGUGCCCAGUCCUCCAUCCUCACCCCCACGCCGCCGGCCACCACUGAGGGCCCGGGCCGCAAGAGAUUCUUCUUCGUCCGGGCCGCCCGUCCUCCCUCCUGCCUCGUUUCCACGCUGACACGUGACCAUGGAAAGGACAGGAAAGGCGCUCCGGAGCAGCGACGUGCAUGUACUCAGAGAUACACCGACGAGCGACUCAUCUGAGCGUCUUCAAGCCUGAAGAGAGCGCUUUUUCACAACAUCAUCACGACUGCACACGACAGAGUAACGGACCACAGAGACACCGACAGAGAAGAACCAACACUUCAAUCCUGCUUCUCAUGUUUAGGCUGAACUUCGUUCAUCGUCUUCUCCUCUUUUUUCACACUUCAUGUGUCAAACUUCCUGCUAACAGCGCCAACACUGCUGUCUGCAUGCUUUCAAAAACACACAAAGAUACAGCACGGCCUCAAAGCAGUGCAUGCUGGGAAGUGUAUGCUAAUGAGCUCACGGUGGGGUUAACAGGAGACCUCACAUGAACAGGUAAAAGCCGAGCGUGGGUCUCUCCGUGAUCAAACACACACCUGAUUUAUCACAACUGCAACGUAAUUAAAGUUUCUGCUUUAACUGCUGAUGAUGUGAGCAGCUGAGACGGUUUUAGCAGCGUUUCACCUGCACGCUUCACUUCCUGGAGAAAUC